AUGGACAUGGAGAAGGCAGAGUGUAGCGACCACAAGGAAAAUGUCACGACGGGCAAUGGGAGUAUCCCCGCGGAUGAAGCCCUCGCCCAGUUUACAGAGGCAGAAAAGUUAAAGGCGUUUCGAAAGCUGGACUGGAAUCUGAUUCCCCUCCUCGGGGUUCUCUAUAUGCUGUCUUACAUUGACAGAGGCAAUGUUGGAAAUGCAUAUACCGCUGGAAUGGGUAAAGAAUGGGGUAUUACCUCCAACCAGUACUCCUGGAUCAUCACAGCGUACUACCUAGCUUAUAUCGCUUUUCACUGGUUUAUCCUUCUGUGGAAGCUUGUCUCUCUACCGCUAUGGGUUGCUCUUAUGGCGUUCGGAUGGGGAGUGGCAAGUAUUCUCCAGGCGGCAACUGUUAAUCUUGCCGGCAUGAUUGUAUUGCGCUGCUUGAUUGGCGCCUUUGAAGCUGGUUUUGCCCCUGGCGUUGCCUUAUUUUUGUCUUUCUUCUACCAUCGAUCGGAGAUGGGCUUUCGAUACGGCCUUUUCAUCUCGUUUUCCCCUAUUGCUAACUGCUUCGCAUCGGCACUAGCCUAUGGUAUUGUCCAUGCUAAAGCUUCAGUCACUCAGUGGCAGCUCUUAUUUAUUAUUAAGGGUAUUCCUACAAUUAUAAUUGCUCCUCUUGCGUUCUUCUUCCUUCCGAAGGGACCCGGUGAAUGCCGAUUCCUUACACAGAGAGAGAAUGAAAUUGUUCAUCUUCGUGCACUCUCGGCCCGCGGACACGAGGAAAAGGGCAAAUUAAAUAUGAAGCAGGUAUUUGCUGCUUUUUACGACUACAAGAAUUAUUUUCAAGCCGUCAUCAUCUUCUGUCUCAAUGCAGCCUUCGCUGCGCUACCCGCAUUCUUGACCACCAUUAUAGAGGACAUUGAAUAUUCCUCAAUUAAAGCACAGGGUCUCUCCGCACCGCCCUACCUGGCCUCCUACUUUAUCUGCUUAGCAUCCUCAUUUCUGUCCGAUAGGGUCAGGAAUAGAUCCUAUCUCCUCAGCGCCCUGAGCACAAUAGGGGCUAUCGGAUACCUGGUGCAAGCACUUGUCAAGACUAGUGCUGUACGGUAUUUCGCUGUGUAUCUCAUUUGCGGUGGCGUCUUUCCCGCUGUGGCGCUUACUUUUACUUGGGUGACAGACAACCAAGGCUCUGCCUCCAAACGAGGUGCGGGAUUAGUUAUAUUCGGGAUGGUGGGCCAGACCGGCUCAAUCGCUGGUUCUCGUUUCUUCCCCAAGGAGGAAGGGCCGUUCUACACCAAGGGGAUGGCCAUUAGUGCAGGGCUUCUUUUCUUUGCUGCCAUCGUCGCUCAAGUCUUGAGAGCCCUGAUGUCUAGGGAAAACAAACAACGGGACCGGAUCCACGGCCCUGUCCACAGCAGCGACAUGUCAAACGAUGUCCUGAAUGCCGGAGAUGAGCACCCCAGCUACCGCUUCAUGCUGUGA